AUGGAAAACCAAAAGAGAUUGUACAGCGACGUCGUCAUCAUUGGAGCAGGCCUGUCGGGAAUCAACAUGGCAUGUCAGCUCCAACGGCAAUUAUGUGUCAGCGACUACGUGAUUUACGACCGCGCUCGAGAAUUGGGUGGCGCGUGGGCCGCCAACAAAUAUCCAGGAUGCAGUGUUGAUAUACCCGGAGCUUUAUAUUCGUUGUCAUGGUUCCCGAACCCAAAUUUUACCAGCCUUUUCCCGUCCCAGAAGGAGAUUUUAUCCUACAUCCAACGCGUUGCUCGCACUUCCAAUGUCACAGAUCAUGUGGAGCUUCAGAUUGAAUGGAAAGGUGCCCAGUGGGUAGAAUCAUCUGGUACAUGGCAUGUCUCUCUCAGAAAUUUGAGGACAGAAGAGGAAUUUCUUCACGAAGCCAAGGUGCUGGUUUCCGCUGUCGGGGGCUAUACCAAUCCCAAGUUUCCUAUCCUGCCUGGCUUGGACACAUUUGAAGGCCCCGUGGUGCAUACUGCCAAAUGGAAUAAGGAGUACGACCUCCGAGGCCUCAACGUAGCCGUGGUGGGUAACGGAUGUUUGUUCACCUAUGACUCGCCUGUAGUUCCUGCUGUGAUCGAUGAAGUCAACAGCCUGACGCAGUUUAUCCGGAGCCCCCAGUACUAUGUCCCGAUGCCUAUGGGCAAUUACCGAUUUGGAAGAGUAUUGCGCGCUUGCUUCUGCUACAUUCCACUCACUUUGCUUCUUAUCCGUUGGCUGGUCUUUUGGAUCCUUGAUACCACACUUGGGCAGUUUUACAACGAUUCCAAAGGAGACAUAUUGAGAGAGGAGAGAGCUUCGCGCAGUCGGAAGUAUAUUGCGGAGAACGCCCCUGAGCGAUACUGGCCUUUACUUACACCUGGUUAUGACCUUGGGUGCCGACGAAGGAUACUAGACAAUCACUAUAUCCGAUCUCUUCGCAGCCCUAGAAUGAAUCUGGUCAAGGACUCGAUUUCACAAGUCGACUCGAAGAGUGUGGUGACACGUUCAGGCGAAAAAUACCCGGUUGAUUUCAUUGUGAGUUGCAUGAAGAAAGAUAAUUUCAUAUCCCAUGCUGACGGGUUUGAGUUCACUCAAUGGAAGGCCGAUUCGGUGAUAGGCCGGCGUGGAAAGUCGCUGAAACAGAUUUGGGAUGAUCGAGGCGGCAUCGGCGCUUACAAAACUGUGGCGAUGAACGAGUUUCCCAACAUGUUCUAUUUACUAGGUCCGAAUUCAGGCAGCGGACACACGUCUGUCCUUUUUGCGAUCGAGUGUUCGGUCAACCUCGUUAUUAGGAUUGCACGUCCUAUACUGCAGCGACAGGCAUCGAUCGUAGAGGUAUGCAAAGGGGCUGAGAUUGAGUGGUGCGACACCAUACAGACUGCUCUCAGCAAAACAGUGCUGACGCGCAGCUGUUCCAAUGUGAGUUAUUUGCCGAUCAUCGUAAUGAACCAUGCGCCUGCUGACGAUCUCCAAUGA